AUGCGUGUGUAUGAAAGCAAACACGUCAUUGUAGGGUGGAAGUCAGAAGACUUCGAGAUGUUCGUUCCCCACUUAUCCUCUGUGGGUCACAGGAAUCCAACUCAGAGUCUCAGCCUUGAUAAUGGUUCCUUUAUCAAACAUGAAGGUGGAUUAAAUGUUAUUCUCACUCUCAGGCUACUUAUGCACGGAAAGGAAGUUGGAAGUAUCAUCAGAGAGAAAGGAGAAUCUGUUAAGAAGAUGCGUGAGGAGGGUGGUCCGCGCAUCAUCAUCUCAGAAGGGAACUGUCUUGAGAGAAUUGUCACUUUGGUUGGACCUUCUAUGAUCAUUGACAAACUGGAAGAGGACAUGAGCAGCUCUAUGACCAAUAGCACAGCUUAUCCUAAACCCCCAGUUACCUUAAGGUUGGUGGUUCCUGCUAGUCAGUGUGGCUUUCUUAUCAAAAAAGGUGGUUGUAAGAUCAAGGAAAUGAGGGAGAGUACAGGGGCUCAGGUCCAGGUGGCAAGGAAUAAACUCCCCCACUCAACUGAGAGGGCCAUCACUAUUGCUGGAAUUCCACAAUCCAUCAUUGAGAAUGUCAAACCGAUCGUACAGUCAUACUGGAGCCCCCCAAAGGGCAUGACCAUCCCGUACUGGUCCAAGCCCUACAGUUCUCUAGUCAUCUUUGCAGGUGGUCAGAACAGGUUCAGCAGAGGCAGCCACAGUGCAAACAUUUCCCACACCACUCUGUCCAUAUGCCUCAACCCUGACCUAAAGGGACCACUUCUAGUUACCCAUACAAUCCCACAGCCAGGUUUGAGCAAGUUUCGCCAGUUGGCAAUGCAACAGUCUCAUUGUCCCACGCCCCACUGCAACACCGAAUUCAGUGGCAUUGAAUCCAGCUGUCCUGAGAUGAAAGGCUAUUGGGGUUUGGAUGCAUCUGCUCAACUACUUCUCAGAAACUCACCAAAUGAUUUGAUUGGCUGUAUAGUCGGGAGUCAGGGCUCAACAAUCAAUGAGAUCCGUCAGAUGACUGGGAUGCAGAUCAUUUUCACAAACCGAGUGGAAGCAUCUAAUGAUAAUAAGCUGGUUACCAUCUCUGGAUCUGCUGCCAGCAUUAGCCUGGCUCAGUAUCUAAUCAAUAUCAGGCGUUCCUUGGAGGUGACAUGGGGAGCAGCUAGAACAGAGCAGAUUUAUCCAUAA